AUGGCUUCAGCAAAAACGGAAGCUAAGAAGCGUCACAACCCAGUAGAGAGCAUUUGCCGAAAACUCAGAGCCAUCCAGAAGAGAGAAGUAAUUUCGAAUCCAGUUCAUCAGAUUAUUAGAUACCACCAGUCCAGCAGCUGUGACAGUCCACAGACUAAAACCAAGACCACCUUCGGGGAGGUGCUGAGGAGAAUGAGCAGAACUCACCUUCCUAGGCUGGAAACUCACUCAGGUGAGAAAGCAGACGUCCCCCUUACAUCCCCUGGAACUGUGUCCCCAGGAACCUUGGCCUCUCACCCCAGCGCCUCAGGGUGUCACACGCUCUGCUGUUCUGCAAGUUCUGUUUACUAUGUUGCUCUGAUUGGCCUGGAACGCUCCAUGAAGACCAGUAGCCCCCCAAAUGAGAAACUAACCAUCAUGGCACAGAAAGGUUCCUUUGUAUCUUCUGAUACAGAAGACGGUGGUCCUGAGGACGUAGCCAGCAGUGCCUGUGAAGAGGAGUUACUCUCGGGCAUUUUUCAUGCUUGUGACACGAAGCAUAGAGGUACAGUACGAGUGGGCAAAAUAAUAGAUUUCCUGAGCCAAACCGCUAGCCAGGACUUGGGAGACAGUGCCCUUGAGGAGCUGUGGACUGUGCUCGAUCCUGGAAAGACGGAUGUACAUAUGGACCUGAGCACAUUCCAGGCCAUCAUGAAGGAGUGGAUGACUUGCUGCAGAAAUAGGGAAGAAACAAGAAGUCAGUCAGAUGACAGCACAGAAGACGCUGUGUUUGAACUACAGGACGGUGUUACAGUUGUGAUGAGCACAGACAUCACAGAUACCCCGUUGGGCUUCGAGGCUUGGUAUGGAGUCGUGUCUGAGGGAGUCUUAGCAAUGUCUGAUUUGAUUACCUACAUGGCAGACCUGCACUUAAACAAGCAGAGAUUGGAGGAGGAAAACUCUAAGUGUAAGUUGGCCUUGGACGCUCUGGAAGAGGCCAACAGGCAGUUAGCAGAGGAUUGUGCUGAACUGCGCCUUCAGAUAAAAAGUGCCCGGCAAGUGAUUUGGAGAACCAGCGUGUUAGAAGAAGAACUUGAGGAGCUGAAAGCCAGGGUGAACGCUUCAGAGGAGCAGAAGACCUUGACCAUGGCCCAGAACAAGCAGUUUGAGACGGAAAACAGGGCUCUGAUUCUUCAGAUUCGGAUUCUUCAGGAAGAGAAUAUCAAGAACGCCAUGGACAUAGACUUACUGGAAAAGAAGAUUGAGGAAUUAUCUGAAACGGAGAAAGAACAUCAGAUGCAGUUGCACACAUAUGAGAACAUGUUGUUGAGGAAGGACGCAGCCAUGGAAAAGAAGAAUCUAAGCAUUGAAGAACUGAAGUCAACCAUCAUAGAAUACAGAAGUGUUAUUGAGGAUUUACGAGGGGAUAAAGACAAACUGGCUCAUGAAUUACAGCACUUUCAACAUGAACUCAUUGUGAAUGGGAUCCAGCUGAAUGACAGUGGACAUAGCAAGAAUAUCGUCUCUGAAGAAGUAAAAUCUUUACAUGAUGAGCUUGCUCUGGCCCAGACUGCAGAGUAUGAAGAAGUUUCUGAAAUCGGAACUCUCAUCGAUCGCUCCCUACAGUGGGUAACUAGCCCGGAAGCUGCUGGGGAAGAAAACUGUGUGACGCAGCUCACCAAUCUCUCUACAAAAUGUCAAAUUACAGAGGCUUUGAAGAAAUUCAAGCUAGACCUUCAUUUUAGGGAAGAGUCUCUGUCUAGACAGAAGCAACUAGAACUCUUUAAACAGCUUCAAGAUGAUGCUGUCAACCAGGAAGGAGGCCUCAGAAAGAGGCGCCAAGAGGCUGGAGGGUGCAGAGCCAGAGGUGGGGCGGCCUUGACUAAAGUCUGCUCAGAGGCCCUUAAAAUGUGA